AUGUCGUAUCCCACCAGGUCUUUUUCGUCGCAUAUGCGCGCACCAAGCAGUUCAAUCGCCUCAGCUCCACAGUCACCAGCACUGUUGGCUCGAAUUGAAGAGAAGAAGGCAGAGCUUGAGAAUCUCAAAGAGCUCAGAGACUUGAGCGCAGCAGUAGCAACCCAGAUGGAAGCUCUAGAAGAGAAACUGUCCACCCUGUCUGACGGAACAGAGGCUAUUGCUGCUGUGGUUGGCAACUGGCAUAACGUGCUUCGUGCCAUCAACAUGGCUUCAACUACACCGGCGACUGAGGCCGGCGACUUUGAACGAUUGCGGAAUGGAGGCACAUUUGACGUUUGCUUUGGGGCCGACCUUUUUGGGCGACCCGCCAGCUCUCGUGACGUUUACGAGUACGAGAAACUGCCUCAUCUUCCGACAAAGCAAAUCACCUCGUCGAAGCGGAAUUUAGCGGGGGGUAGUGUUGACCAGGAUCCCUGCCCAGGUCAAUGUCACGGCCAGGGUCGCCAGGCAUCGGAUGUUGCCUUUGCUAAUGGGCUGAAGAAACAUGUCGUGGCAACAUCCCCCUCGACCCUUUGUCGAGCAGCCAAACCAGCCUCACAGCCAUUUCGACGUCGGCCAGCGGUUGAUUCAGAGACGUUCCGGCCUCUCGACUCAUUGCGAGAAGCAUCUGCGCUGAGUGUCAACAAGCACAAUUAUGAGAACACGGGGUCACCGUCCACUCGUGAAUCUCCAGAGCGCUUCGCUGAAGUAUACGACCUGCUGAAAGACACGGUUACCGAGCGCUCCAUCUGGGAGCAGGUUAAGAAACACUCAGCCGGUCAAUUUGAAUGGCUGAUGACCCAUCUGCCGUCUCCAGACUCAACCAUCCACGACAGCUCCUCUGAAGAGUACGCUACAGGGGACGGGACGCACGGAGUCCACGAUACGGUAUACGCUUGCAGUCUAGUGUUGCAGAAGAAGCGAGGGCUUCAUAGCGACAGCGAGUGCCCGCUCAAUUCAUAUUAUUUGCUGGCUACGCCAUUGCAGUACAGCGCCAAUUGGACUGUGGAAAUGCAGGAGCCUCGAAUUGUGAACGACGAGGACGAAUCUGUUACCUGGGUAGACAGGAGCCGCCCAGGAACGCCGCCAAUGAAGGUUCCGGAGAUUGUAUAUGCUGUUGAAAAUGCAGUAUCGCCGACGUUUACGGCAGUGAGUGAUAGAAGCUUUGGCGAGAGCUCAUCAAGGACCACAUCAUUCUCACUGCCGCGGAUUGAAGACUCACUGGAGGAGCUGGACCGGCUGGAGGAUGAGAUAGAGGCACUGAAUGACUUUACACACUCUCAACAGCUGCAUUCUCAACAGCUGCACUCUCAACAGCUAGUGCUGCUAGAAAAACAACAGCAGCAGCAGCUAGCAAAAGCUGGGACCCAGCCAACUGUAGAGAGGGCAGCCAACGCCUCGAAAAGAUCGACCGUAGCAUGUGCGCCGGCCACGGUUCGCGUGAAGCCUACAGAGAAAGUUAGUGCACUGCCGCGUCGGUCUACGUCUCUUGUGGUACGGGAGAAGAGCUUAGAUGAGCCAACCAAGGCAUCUCUGAGCCGUCGGUCGGGUCUUGGCGUGUUCAUGUCGAAAGCUGGUAGCACCCUGGCGACGGUCGCCAAGUCAUCAAUUGGAUCAUCAAAAACGCCUACAAUUCCCAAGUUCGAGUUACCAGGUAAGGCUGUAGCUCGACGCUUGAAGGAAGUUCGUGACGCCCGCGAAGCACAGCAAGCCGCGGCUCACAAGGCAUUGGAAGCUCCUCCUGCCAAGCCCAGAACCAGCAAGACUUUGCCCAGGCCUACCUUUGAGCUGCCUGGAGAUACCAUCUCCCGGCGGAAGAAGGAGGAAAACGAGGCAAAGUUGAAGGCCCAGGAAGAAGAGCAGCGCAAGAAACGGGAAUUCAAGGCAAGGCCAGCAAAGCCAAGCUCUACACCCAGCACGCUUCCCCGGGACACGGUGGCAAGUCGGGCUCGCCAAGCCAAAAUCCAGGAAGAGACUGCAGAGAGAUUGGCUGCCUCGUUGCAUAAGGUCAAGCGGCUAUCGCUGGGUCUUGUGCGCGAUGAGCCUACGACACCCACGCUAAUCAAGACGGAGAAGAAGCGCGGCGGGCGUAGCUCCAUGAUGGCGGCCGCUGAAGAGAUCAAUAGGACUGUUCUAGCAUCAUUGGGCAGCUCGACUAAGAAUAAGAAUCUUUUGUCCAUCGGAGGCAUGAUGUCGCGGCUGAAACCCCGAAGCAAGGAGAUCCAGGCACAAGACACUGCAAGCAUCAACGAGAGGAAGAGCUGUGAGAUCAGCGAAAGACCGAUGACAGCUAAAGCAGCCAGAGACGAGGCUGCUGAGCACUCUAGGAAGGCGAGCCGAGAGUGGGCAGAGAGAAAGCACCGUAAGGAGACGUCACCUCUGAAGCGGGAAGCGGAACCGUAA